GGCAGGGCCGGCGGAUGACGCCGGGUAAAGCCGGCCGAGAGCCGGCCCAGCCCCGCCGCCGGCCGAGCGCUGCCCGCGCACCCCCCGCGGCCGCGCAGUCGGGUCGGGCGGGCUCCGGCGGCAGGGCAGCAUGGACCUGGCCGUGGACUUGUACCUGGCCGUCCCGCUGCUCUUCACCGUCCUGGCCCUCGUCCUCGCCUCCGUCUUCCUGAGGCUGCGGGGAGGCGGCGGCGAGCGGGCGGCGGAGCGGCCCCGGGAACCCGCGGCGGAGCCGGCUCGGGAGGGCGGCCCCGGGGGCGAAGCGGCGGCCGAGGGGCCGGAGGACGAGGGGAGCCGGGUGCCGGUGGAGGAGGUCGGGGUGGGAGACGAGGGGAAGGAGGCGGUCGCCGAGCAGCGGGACGCGGCGGCGGAGCCGGGCCCCGGGGCCGAGCCCAGCCCCGCGGCGGCCGAGAGCAUCCCCCGGCAGCCGCCCGUGGAGCCCCGGCAGCCGCCCGCGGAGCCCCGGCAGCCGCCAGAGGAGCCCCGGCAGCCGCCAGAAGAGCCCCGGCAGCCGCCAGAAGAGCCCCGGCAGCCUCCAGAAGAGCCCCGGCAGCCCGGGCACCGGGAGGAUGCGGAGAGCAAGAUACCACCGUUGGGUGCCUCUCCUGGAUCCGGCCUCGGGCACACAGGACAAGCAGAGGACACGAGGGGUCACGCAGCACUUUCCAGCCAUGCAGAGGAGGAAGAGGUGGACUCAGAAAACGAGAAGCUGGUGGUGAGAGAGCCAGAGGAUGAGGAUGCUGCAGAUGAGACAUUUUCUUUUAAAUACAGUCCUGGAAAGCUAAGAGGAAACCAGUACAAGUCAAUGAUGUCCAAAGAAGAACUAGAGGAAGAACAAAGGGUUCAGAGAGAGCAGCUGGCUGCCAUCUUCAGACUGAUGAAGGAAAAAAGUGACACGUUUGGAGAGAUGUCUGAAGGAGACAUGAAGGAGCAGCUCAGACUGUAUGAUAUAUAACCCUGCAGCCAGGGGAGGCUGUGCCCAAAAGCCAUCUUGGCCCUUGUUCUGCAGGACACUGGAGGCUGUAGUGCUUUAAAAGUGUCUCAGUAGUUAUUUUGCAGUUCCAGUUUGUUUUACAAACACAUAUAGGCCUGUGAUAUAUAUUUCAAAAGACUUGUAAUUCCUCAGCCUUUUAAUCAGUUUUCUUUGCAGAGCUACCAUCUCAUACAGCGAUUUUUUACCUCUUUCUGGCCGGGUCAAAUGUCUCAGUCCUACAAAGCAGUUAAACUCCUAACUUUUUUCCUGGCUGUGCUUUAUGCAAAUGAACUUUCAAGCCUAGUCUUUUUCAGUUUGACAUCUGAAGAAAGCCAAAGAUGAUAGGUGUAAAAUGGAUGAAAAUAAUAGAAUAACUCAGGUUGAAGGGUCCUGUAGUCCACCCUCCUGCUAAAAGCAGCAUCAGUUGUGAGACCAAGGUGGGUUACUCAGGGUUUUAUCCUGUUGGGUCUUGAAAAGCUCCAGAGAUGGAGACUGCACAACCUCUCUUGGCAGGGAGGCUUCCAACCCUACAGCUAGAAAACAGCCAAAAGUAAGGCAUCAGUGCUCUGAUCAGGGGCAUGCUGCCCCUCAUCUCCCUGGAAGGAACACUUCAUCCUCCUUCAUGCUGGCUUUUGAAAACAAUCCAAGCUGGUUCCAGCUGACCUCAUUGAGAUCAUUCUCGUGCCUGAGGAAGCAGCAACAAACUCCAACCUGGAAACACAAACAUCUCACCUCCUGACACUGGUGAAAGAACCACAGAAAGGCUGCUGGGUUUGUCACAAGGAUGGUUGAGUCCACCUCAGAUCCCACUCAUACAAAACUAUGUGGGAAACUACAUACUUAGGAAAUCUCUGUGAUUUUAUCAAGUAUUUUGAACAGGCUUGACCAUCCCUUGGUGGUUUGAAUACAGUAAAUCAAUGAGCAUUCCUAAUUAUAACUAAAUGUCUUCUGGUGUGCUUAUCUCUCCUAUGAAAUCCUGUUAAAUGCUUUCUUAUCCGGAAGGAUUUUCUUGGUUUUAGUAACUGCUCACAAAGGGAGGCAACAUUUUCUGAUCCAUUUUAGGGAAUGAUCACUUAAAAAAUUAGUUUUGCUUUAUUUUGUGUAGUCCUCUUCAGUCUGAGAAACCUAAUAUCUUGUUAUCUGGUCACUGUCUCCCAGUACAGGGUGUUCUAUAACAUCAGACACUUAGACUUUUAAGAAUGAUUUUAUCUUCUAAUUGUUUUCACUUAGGUCAAAGCAUAUUUAUAAUGAGAUCAAGCUGGUUUUACUACCAAUCGUGACUUAAUUUAAAUUUAAUAUCUGAAAAUUAACUCUUCUUCAACACAAAUUAAUUAAGUGGGAAAAGUAGUCCCAUGAUGUGAAAUACCGUGCUAGCUUGCUAUGUCCCUAGGACACAUCUUCCUUUGUCAAGAUGUUCAGAGGGAGAAAUGUAGAAAAUUUGUAUAUGCAGUUUAUCCCUAGCUCAAAACUGAAAGCAGGAUCUUUUCCAAAACUCUUCAUGAAAGCAAGCAUAUGAGAGAUAAGGUGUAGUUGAUUUUUAGCCCUUGUCUUGCAGACUUCACAGUUUAUUUCCAAAAUAUUUUUGUAUUUCCUAUGUUAUGGUUGGGUCUUCUCUGAAUAGGAACAUUUCUGGGGCAGAAAAAAAAAAUCCUCCAACCCUUCAGCUUCAGAGUAUGCCAACAAUGGUAACACUGUACAAGGGACAGCAGCUGAAAUUAAACCUGUCCUGUCCACACCAGCUCUGAGCAUCGUCACCAAAAUGUUCAGAUGCUGCUGAUAACAGGACAGUGGUGAAAAAACCUGUUAUUUACUAGGCUCAAAUUUAAAAAAGGAAAGAAGAUAAAUAAAAAAGCCUCUGCCCAAGACAUGAAAUGAAGGGGUGUCAAGAUGUAAAACUCAUGGAUUUUGAGCGGUGCAUUCCUCCAUGUGCAUUGGCAAGGCUGUAAUGAAGAGCAUCCCACUGGACACAUCCCUGUGGCACCGUGGAGGUGGUGAGGAACAACCUGCAACCAUGGGGUAUGUCUGAUUUGGCUGGGCAGCUUCUGAGGCGCUUCUCCCGCUGGACUCAUCAAUAUUUAUACAGGAAAUUUCACCAGCUGCUGCAGCAGUAUCUCCCCUGGGUAUUGUCCUCUAAAUAAUUGCAGAAUCACAGAAUCCAUCACAGACUUAUUUGUGUUACAGUGACCUUAGAGGUCAUCUAGUUCCACCCCCACCCCAAAAGGGGAUGGUGGCUGUUGCAGUGAGGGUGGCUGCAACAAACCUUUUGGUCCCCUGACUGCAGGGCAGAGGGUGGCAAAAAUAAAUGGGAGUGGGAGCAAUGGUUGGCACCAGGAAAGUAACACUUUAAUAAGGAAUAAAAGAAAAUAGGGAUGAU